GUCCUCCCUCAAGCCAAGCCACAAGCCACAAGUCACAAGCACCAAACAGCUUGUUCAACGAAGCACAGCGACGAUGAACUUGGACGUGCUGGAUGAUGAUGGGGUGGUGCUGGCCUCCGUGGCAGCCUGCCCGCCUCCAUCACCUCGUCGCUUCCUCUCCUCCUCCAGUAUACAAGCCCCGGUGAAGCGAUUGGAGCCCAGGGAGCAGGUGCGCGUGGUGCUGCAGCGGCAAGUCACGUUCGGGCUCUCUCUCAGUGGACCUGCUGAUGAAGUUCAUCCAACUGCCUUCAACCUCGGCGUGUAUGUGAAAGGGGUGGAGGCAAAGUCGCCGGCAGCUGAAAGCGGGAAGCUGUGUGCCGGUGUUCGGCUUCUCUCCCUCAACGGCGUAGACGUCUCCGACGCCUGCAUGCCCGACUGCGGCCGCAUUAUGAAGCAGGCCCAUGACACGCUGGAGGUUGUCGGUGUGUAUGACCCCUAUGGAUACAAGAGCCACGAUGCGGGCAACCUCCUUCGCAAGGAGGUGAUUCGUCGCUUGGAAAUGUGCUCGCGCGAACAGUCCAAACAGCUCGGCAAGGCAUACCACCUAGGGUGCAUUGAUCUUGAAGAUCGACGUGGGCCGACUGUGGAUGCCGCCGUGGGAGCGCUGGUCGCGUUCCCGGAGACGAAAGCGCAGGAGGUCGCCAUCUCCCUCUCGGACCUGGCCCUCGAACUGAUGCACACGCGCCGGAAGAGCGACGCCACAGCGACGGCGCCUCUCAUGACACGGUCCUCCCUGGCCUAUGGUGGAGCCAUCACCAUCCACGACAUUUCAAACGUCUGGCUCCUCGGCAGGAAGAGCGUCGUCAUCGUUGCGCGAUCGAUUGAGGGCGGGAACAGCAACCACGGCGCCAGUGAUGACGCACAUGCGGAGAUGCCGUGUGCAACAUACGGCUGUCACGUCAUCAAGUGCCGCAAGGCCAAGCACGCUGUGGAGCUGAAGAACACCCUGCAGGCGGCGUGCCGCGCACAUGUGCAGAUGGUACAGAGGGUGUUUGCAUUCGACCUGGAAGUCUGA